UCCACCUUUACCACACGUCAUUUCAAACCGCAACAGUAACUAUCUGGUGUCCUCUUUUUGGCAGAAAUUUGGAUAUUAUCAUUAUUUCAUCUAUAUUCUGAAUAUUCACACUCUUAUUUUUUGGACCCCUCCGCGAUUGUUAUUCAAGACAAACGCUGAGGAUGGCUGAUCAGCUGCAGGAUGUCAUCCAGAGAUGGCGAAAAGCCGUGGUGGAAGAUGGUUUAAGGCCAGAGGACCAUGAACUGUUCCAGAAUGCUGGAUUAGCGUAUAUUAAUCAGGGUGACACGACACACCUGCUAGACUUCAUUCAGGAUGAGAAGAACCAGGGAAUAGUGGAGUCUAUGGGCUGUGGCCUCCUUGCGUCCCUGGUGGCCGAGGUACUGAAGAGGAAGAAGAGUUCCUCUACCUGUAAGGCCGUUAUCACACACCUGGCCGAGACAUGCAGCCCGAUGGAACUCAUGCUGAUUUUUCUCGGCCAAGUGGAUGACCUUCAUCCGGACCUCAUCGCUGACACCAUCGUACUUAUGGCCCCGCUUCUUCAAACAGUGCUGCUGCGUCUGGGUGAGGAGAAGGCUCCCUGGGUAGGCCUUGCUCUGGCUGCCCUACAGAAGCAGGUGUCCAGGCUGCCAGUGCCUUACACCAAGGAGCAAGAAGUGGAGGAUGCGUAUGGUCUGUGUCGUUGCUGCUCAGCCCUGGCCAGGUUCAUGGAGCCAUUUGUGGAGGAAGUGAAGAGGAGGGACAACAGCGAGGAUGGUGGCACUGCUUCAGACAAUCAGCUAAAGACUGAGCUUCUCAAGUUUUGCAUGGGGAGCUUGAGGGAGCCACUCCUUCAGGCACAGCUUGACCAGGCUAUAGACAUCCAUAAACAGUCUCCCCUAUGGCACUUUGCUACAGACAUACUGGCCACCCUACCAGCCAUCCAGGAGCCUCUCCCAGGCCUCCUGUUCUACAAGGCUCUGAAGAAGAGGGAGGAGUCUGGCCUCUUGACAGACAGUACUAAAGCCCAGGAGUCACGGGCCUGUCUGGCAUACCUGCUCUUUGUCCAGCUCAUCACCAUCGAGAGCUUUCCAGCAGUUUUCAGCCCUGUGUUUGUCCUGCAGUGUAAUAUGGAAUAUAUUGACCUCCUACUGAGUAGAAAGGAAGAAUCAUUCCUACUCAAAGGCCUGGAAUUAUAUACAAAAAGCUUGGAGAGAGUGGAGGAUAACAGCCUCCCAGUUGAACUGCUAGACCUAAAGUCAUUUUACAGUGUUCCACAGCACUUGGUGCAGAUCCUGACUGUGUGUCCAAUUCAGCAUUUGAGAGAACAAGGGUUUAAAGUGUUACAGCUCUUCAUAGAUAAAUUGGGACCUGAGGCUAAGCACAAAUUCUUCAGGUGUAUGAUAAAAACCAGUUGCCAUGCCGGAGUAGAGGGUUACAUUAUAAAGAACAUCAAAAAUCAGAUUGAGCUCUCCUUGAAGCCAGGUCAUGAGAAUGAAUGGUUUAUGGGAAUCCAGGUUUUGCCCCUACUGAGACUGGUUCUCUGUUUCCCACGGGGCCCAGAAACAGACCUGCUGAACAGUAUGGACAGGGUAAUGGAGUCUCUCAAUCUGUUACGAUACCUGCAUAUGCGGGACAUGGACUGGCAGCAGACAUCAAGUAUAUGGUCGGAGCUGUUCAAGAUCAAAGAGGACUACCUGAAGAUGCUGAGGGUGUGUCUGGCCCUCUCUAGAGCCUACUAUACAGGGCAGGUUAAGAACAUGAGAGAGGACAAGAAGAUUCAAGCACAGGAAGCCAGAGAGGCUAGAGUUGCAUUAGUUCAGACUAUGACUGUGAAGAACAAGAUGGUAUCAGAUAUGUCCCCAGAGAUGCAGUAUCAGGUACUGCAGUGUGCUCUGGUGACCUUUGACCUGAUGGAGAGUCUAGUGAUCCGUAUUGAGGAGAUAUCAGAGGAGAAAGUGAAAACAGGGACUGCUGUCUAACACAGCAUGGCUCAGAGUCUAAUGCUUUUUACAUUGAUUGUUUCAGGCUAAUAAUAAAUAAUAAAUACACAAUCUACCCAAAAAAUAUUUCUUUAUUUAAGCUUCAUUUCAGUUAUUUGCAAUGCUGGAUUUUCAAUUGACUUUCUACUGAAUCGAUACAGUAGUAGUAUUCUUCUGGAUACAGGAUUGGAUGGAUUGAGUAUAUCAAGUGCACUAAACACAUGCAAGUUGGGUUAAAGCCAUUCUGUGCUUGUGACCGUAAACACAGUGGAUGCCAGACCUAGCAUAAAUCAAUCAUUAGUCACUAGCCUACCAUGAACAGGUAGGCUUGAGGGGACCUGGCAUCCCCACUCUGCACCAGCUGCUCACCCCAGCUUAAUGUCCUUGAGCAUCUCCCAGACAGAGCUGCUCUCUAUAAUGUGGGCCCUGGCCAGAGACAUCCGAUCCCGCAUGCUGUCAACAUGGGGCUUACUGGUGGCCUGGAAGAUGAGAUCACUUUCAUUAUCACAGGGGGAAAACUCGAACUCUCAACUUUAGCCGGCUGGCAAAAACCUUGCACAUUGACAGAAAUGUUUAUUAAUGUGCAUUGUCCCUGAGCAAAGUAAAGUAGCCUAACUUUGUAUCAACUUUAUCGUUAUAAACCAUAUUUGUAUUGACUAUAUCUUACAUAUGCAUAGUCACUUUACCCAUACCUACAUGUACAAAUGACCUUGACCGACCUUUACCCCCGCACAUUGACUCGGUACCGGUUUCCCCUGUAUAUAGCCUUGAUAGUUAUUUUAUUGUGCUACUUUUUAUUUUAUUUUUUACUUUAGUUUAUUUAGUAAAUAUUUUUAAUUUCUUGAACUGCAUUGUUGGUUAAGGGCCUGUAAGUAAGAAUUUCACAGUAUUACCUGUUGUAUUCGGCGCAUGUGACAAAUAACAUUUGAUUUUGAUUAGAUUUUUUAUCAACCAAUGCCAAGUAUCUUAAUUUUCAUUUUUCAGUAUUAUUAUUUCUUAAUAUCCAUGUCAAUAUAAUGUGUGAGGACUUAGGGGUGUCUUCUUUCAUCCUUACUUUGGCUAUAGUCAGCAUCCCCUUGACUAUCUCGGUGUUGUUACGUACAGGUAGAACUCUGAGAUUGCUGCCAAGGAAUCUGCAAUAGACCACAGGAUCACUCAGUUACAAUGAAAGCACAGCACUAACAUAUCCAUGUGACCGGAAAUAUUGUUGCAUCAUUCAAAACUACUGGUCAUUUGAAUGUAUUUGGGUCAGUACAGUAGGAUAAUCGUUUAGAGGAGUGAUCAUUACUGUGAAACUACACUAGUCCACAUUGGCCUGUAAAUGUGUAACAUUUGUACAUGUUAGAAUCAUUCCAGACAGGAAUACAAUUGUCUGCUAUAAAGUAUAAUAAAAUAACUAUACCUGUGCUGUAUCACUGACAUGAUGCCCAGU